CAGGUACGUGUCUAUGCAGUAUUAUGCAGCUCGCCCUGACAGUGCCGUAUUAUCCCUGAAUCGUGAAUUCCCUUUUGGAUUUGCCCGACUUUGCUUCGAUGUUAGUAAAACGGGGUUUCAUUCUUAUUUCUCCGGGUUUCCCCCCUCCGGCUUUUCCAUCUGACGCCCCGGCACACCGGAUCCCCUCCCUGCAUUUCUUCACUCCUUCUGGACUUCUAGUCUUAUGGCUGAAUUCAACGGAACAGCCCGAGUUGAAUGCCGCUCAUCUGGCCGCAGUUUGUACCGUCAACGGUGACACCACUAAGCACCGACACCAUCACAACCGCGAUCUGCAGGCUGCAGCGGUACAGCGCCUCCCAUUCUGCAGGAAUAAAACGAUUCUUUUUCCAUUCCCACCGAUAUACCCAAAUCAGGUAAUAUUCCGUACGUCCCUUGAUACCUAUGACCGCGGAGCCCAGAUUCCCAACCCCGAGCCCACAGCAACAUCCAUCCCCUGCCCGUCACAAUGCAAGGAAAUAGAGGGCGUGAAUGGUCUGCAAUCACAUCGGUGAUUGGACAGUUCCACCGACUUUAAUUUGACCCGCACUGUGUUCGGUCGAAUGGUCGUGCCCGCAUCAAUCAUCAGUCAUGUUCGCGGGUUUGCCGCAGGUCCGCUGCUCGAGCCGAGAAUUAAAGGUCCGUAC